AUGGCGCUCGUAGCCUACUCUGACUCUGAAGGAUCGGAUGCCGAGCAAGAUACUACAGCUGUGCCCUCGAUCGAUCAGAAGAAGUCCGAUUCCAAAAAGUUCCAAGUGGAUCGCAACACGGGCAACAUUCGUAUCGCACUCCCUGAGAUCAAACCCGAACCAUCUGCCCGAGACGCCGAAGAUGGCCCGCGAAAGAAACCCCGCGUCGGGGGAGGCCUUUCGGGGUUCAAUUCCUUCCUUCCGGCCCCGAAACGAGCAGCUGAAAAGAAAGCGCCUGUGGCAACAAUGCGGAAACCGUUUAGUUUGAAGACCGGUGCAGGCCCUGGAUUCGAUCGUAGCGCAGAUGCGGAAACGAAGAAUGACUAUGCGUUCGAUGACCUGGCUGGAGAUGCUGAGGACAUACCUACAGCUGGUAGCCUCAAACCCGACACUGCAUCAGAUACACCCCAAACACUGAAGAAAGAGGAGGAGGUCAAACUAAAGGGCAACCCAAUGAUGUUUAGACCUUUGUCCGUAGGACGACCUCAGAAGAAGAGAAAGACCACCAAAGUGACAGAGCAACCGACACCUGGUCCGGCUGCACCAAAAGCCGCCCAACCUCCACCUCAACAGUCUAAACAACCCUCUGCCCCCGCAACCAAACCAAAAGUCAGCCUCUUUUCUCUAUCCUCAGACGAGUCCACCCGACCAGACACCGCGCAUGUACCGCCAGCAACCUAUCAGCCGCUAUUUUACAAUGCAGAAGGCGACGACGAGGACGAAGCAUCAAUUGACCCAGCAUUUGCCGAAUCUUCAUACCUUGCGCCGACCCCUGCAACAGCAACAGUUUCGUCCAAUCCCGGAUCAUCGCUGGACUCGAUCGCCAACGACCUCAAUCUAUCGAAAUCCGAAAGACGCCAGUUAUUCGGCCGGAAUGCCGUGUCUUCGCAGUCACAGGUGCGCACCUUCAACACAGACGAAGAGUAUGCCUCAAAUCAGGUCCUGGCCCAAGGCGAGCUCGCUGCUGCUGUUCACAACCCUGUGCGCUCCAUUGCGCCUGGCAAACACACCCUUCAGCAAUUGGUCAAUGCGGCAAGCUCGCAGAAGGAGGCGUUGGAGGAGAGUUUUGCAUCUGGAAAGCGGAACAAGAAAGAGGCGGGAUCGAAGUACGGAUGGUAG